GUUUAUUAAAUUUAUUAUUUUAUAAAGAAGUUUGCAGGUAAUAAUUAGGCAAAAGUGAAGUGUAUAUUAAUAUGACCACUGUUACUUCACCGUCCGUGGAAUUAAGUUCGUACCGGGAUCAACAUUUUAAGGGGUCUCGGAGUGAACAAGAUCGUCUCUUAAGAACAUCAUCAACCCUCUACGUAGGCAAUUUAUCUUUUUACACAACUGAAGAGCAAAUAUUCGAACUGUUUUCAAAAUGUGGAGACGUCCGAAGAGUUAUUAUGGGUUUAGAUAAAUAUAAAAAGACACCUUGCGGUUUUUGCUUUGUUGAAUAUUAUGCUCGGUGUGAUGCUGAAAGUUGUAUGAGAUAUGUUAAUGGUACCAGACUAGACGGCAGAAUUGUAAGAAUCGAUUGGGAUGCUGGUUUCAUUGAAGGAAGGCAAUACGGACGUGGAAAAACUGGUGGACAGGUCAGAGAUGAAUACAGAAUGGAUUAUGAUGAUGGUCGAGGUGGUUAUGGUAAAAUCCUUCAACAAAAAGGAGCCCCCAAUACAAUAGAUCACCAUCAUAGAUAAAUUUAACACCAAUAAAUAUAAUUCUAUUAAUAUUUUCAUAAAAAACGAGGUAUUUAGGACGAAAUAUUUUGUUUAGGAGUAAAUGAGGAAAAAGUAUCAGUUAUACACUAAUUA